UUUAAUGCAACUUCAAGACAUGUAAUUGUAAAACUGUAAUGAUGUGAUAAUUGGUAGUUGAUUAAAGAGGGUUAAAUAACCUGAUCAUGCAAAAAUAAUUGAAGAAAUAUCAUGUCAUUUACAUGGACAGAAUGUCAUACUUUAAAAUUAGUGAUUCUUUAUAGUCGACAUGAAUGCUUGUGGAAUCCUUUUCAUCCUGAGUUCAAAAGCAAACUCAACCGAUAUAAAGCUUACAAAGAUAUUGCAGAGUCCAUGUUUAACAGGUAUUUAACAGUUUGUGAUUGUAUAAAAAGGAUUACACAGAUAAAGGCGCAGUAUUGUUAUGAAUUAUCCAAAAUUAGUGCAGCGAUAUCUUGCGAGAAAACAUAUAAACCAAAAGUAACUUGGUUUCCAAUAAUACACGAAAUACUCUUCCCAUUUGUUAAAACUUACGGCUACAGAAAUGACUCUUGGAAGGCACACAGCGAGGAAACAAGUCCACUUACAGAUUAUCACAAUAGCGAAGUAACUGGUCAACUAAAAAAUUCGAAUAUGGUAGAAUUAAAAAGAACACAAAGGCAUUGCAAUUGUCCUUAUGCGAACUGUGGCUGCAAUGAAUUUCAUAGAACACUACCUGGGACAAGUCUCAGGAAAAAUUGGACAGAAGUGGAAAGGGAUAAACGGACAAAUUACUUGCAUUCACAAGUAACUAGGAUUAGCACUGGAUGUAAUACAAGGAACUGUAUUACUACAGACAAUGAAAUGCAAACAGAUCUUUCUUCUUUUAAAACUACAUGCCGAUCAUGUCAAACCUGUACGACUGAUGAUUUAUUUGCUAAGAGUAAUUCGGAGGGCAUUGAUGAAGUAUAUAAAGGGAGAACAUUCUGUGACGAAUUUGACAUGUUCGGGAAAAGUAUCGCGUGUCAGUUGCGAAACAUUAAUUUCGACGCUGCUAUCAACCUGGAGAGACGUAUACAGGACUUGAUUGUGAAAGAGCGUCUAGGCACUAUGAAAUAUAUCUCUCACAGUUUUAAUGCAGCUUGUUAUAAUUCUAGUUGUAGCGAAUGCAAUGUUAUACGUAACGAAGCGGUUUGCACUUGCGGUUUACCCUUGAUCAAAAUUCAAGCUGACGCGUCUUGCGGAUUUUGCGAAUAGAAUGUAUAAAGUCGAUUUUAUCUAAUUAGUAAUACAAUUGUUUACUGUUCAACGCUGGAAAGCAUAAAAUUUCAUUAUAAAUAUUUCCAUAAACAUACAUAUAGCGUCGAUAGAAAGGAAGAUUCAAUAAAAUUAUGUAGAGUGAUAUGACAAA